AAUUCGUCGCCAGGGCCACCCGGAGACAUCGGGCCACAAGGUGAACAAGGACCUCAGGGCUCAAGGGGACCAGUCGGACACAAGGGACCCGGAAGAACGGGAGCCAAGGGGAUGACAGGGAGCAUCGGGGAAGCAGGCAAAGAAGGAGAUAAAGGAGCAGAUGGAGCGCAAGGAAGUCCAGGCCUUCAGGGUCCCCCAGGAGCCCGAGGCAUCCCCGGCUCUGCUGGUGCACCAGGAACGAACGGAGCUGAUGGAAACAGUCCGGAAGGCCCCCCCGGGCCUCGUGGGCCGACAGGAGAACCAGGACCAGCAGGCAAGGACGGUGCCGUGGGUGCAGCGGGACCCCAGGGACAACCAGGCCAGAACGGA